UAUUUUAGUUUAAAAUGGACAGAAUUAGCGUUAUGGGCCGAAAUAAGCUCCGUCGAACUGCUCGGCAACCACGGAGAAGGCGUUCAACCGGAGGAGUGGAGGAAGUCCCGACCACUACACCCAAAAAUCUGAUUGUAGAUACAUCCUCGGAGCAUAAGACCUUGAAGCAGCGGGUGUUCCUGUACAUUCAACUCAACGAACUGACGAAGCUCCCAAAGACGGAGUAUCCGUUGGAACUGCAUCUCUACCAUCCAAAAAACACGCUGCAGAAGAUGCAGGAAAAGUACACCACGGAAACCAUCAUCUACCAAAACGAAUUCAACUUGCAGAAACCCGUUUUCGCUUUGGGAGUGAUGCAGGAUGACAUCGAUGAAAUGAAUACUUUCAGCGAUCAACCGCUGGUGAUUUCCCUCUACCAAAGAAUUCCCAGGCGACGCAAGGGAUCCAAAUUAAAGUCGGUUGGGGUAACUCCGGAGGCUUCCGAAAAUAGUGAAGGUGUUCCCAUAAAACCCAGGAGAUCGAGUAUGAAGAAUUCAGAGCGGGUAAGCGAGGAGUUCGGGGAGGAAGGAAUAGGUGGUAUUUUCUUGGAGGAAAGACUGGAGCUUCUGUCCCGAGGUCACUGCGAUCUGCUUCAGCUUUUCCAGCGGCGUCGCUUUAUAAGCGACAUUACCAUAUUCCUGUACCCGGAGUUUGAAAACCUUUCGGAAGCAGCGUCCACUGAGAAAAUCACCACCUGCAGCCUUUGGCACAUGUACUCCAUUCUGCCCAUUCUGAAGAACUUUAACUUCACCAAUUUGGCGUUCAUGACCCUGGAAUCAAUUUACAAUGCUCCCGGGGAUCUGCAUUCCCAAUCCGCUGAGCUGGGACUCAGUGUAUCCUUUCGUUCAAGAGAACCAGAAGACGAGGAUGGCACUUUAAAAGUGAUUCCAUUGUGCACCUACUCAGGAUUCAUGUCGCAGAUCAUCAGCGACCAGAACACAAGCAUCGUUUGGGAGAACAUAAAAAGGGAUCUGAAUCCCGACAUGCACAAGUGUUCCAACCAGAUGGAUACCAACUCGAGGGUGCAGCUGCCAAGGCUCUUUCGCAUGUUGCUCUGGGAACAGGACGUCGACUUUCAGAUCCCAAGUAUCGAUCCUGUGUGCGAUUCCGCCUUGAUCAACAACUCCCUUCAUCGCUUUGUGCUCAACGAGGAUAUGCGAAAGAUCCUCGAAGAAGCUGUUGUGCACAAUGACUACGAGUUGUUGUUGGAACUUUACCAAGAGACACCUAGCAAUGUCCUUUACCAGGGAGUCCUUAACCCGAGCAUCUUUGGGUAUCCAGGAGUCAACUAUUGCCGCUUUGCAACCCAGUUAAGCCCCCUUAUCGUACCUGAAAUUACAAGUGAACCGCUUGUGCAAGGACCAAUGUUCUGCACCUUCAAGAUCUGCUUUUUUCAGCCAAUUUGCGAGCGCAAUGAACCCCUCGACAAGUUCAAUGAGAGCCUCCUCAAAAGGUCAAAGCUGCGAAAAUGCUUCGAUAUGGAGUUCCUGAAGGAGGACGAGGACGACGUGGAUGUCUUGCUGGAGCUCUAUCGCUCCUUCGAUGAUCUCAUCUCCGAUACAAUUGCCUUCAUAAUUAACAAAGGUGUGAAGGAAAUCAAGGAGAAGAAGGAGUUCUUUUGCUGCCAACUGGGCAACCUCUGCAAUCUGGUGCUGAAAAUCUGCAGCUGCGAUUUUAACGUGCGAAUGCCAACGACCACAAACAUAGAAUUCAGAGAAAUGCUGACACAUAUGUACCAGGAACUGAUGGAUCGCAUUGAGGGUAUUUUGACUGCCUGCAGCUGGAAAAACAGCUGCGAUGUUGCAACUCGGAGCGAAUUCUGGGACCACAGCUUGAACAGGAUGAUGAAUGAAAUGCGACUGGCCAGCAACACUGGCCAGCGGGACUUGGCCAUACAGAUUUACGAGGAGAUCGACAAAUCCACUUUCAACCGAAUCAUUUUCGAUUUUGUAACCCUGCUCAACAGCGUCGAAACCUUGCGAUUCGAGCAAGCCGCGAAAUACUUCAGCACACCGCGAACGACUGAUUGGAGUGGAAAUUAUUUCACAUUGCUUUUGCAGCUCUAUAUCAACUACAUGAUAGAUUUAAAAUCGUCCGAUGAAGAAGUGGUGGCCUCUGCAAAAUCCAAUAUGAUCGAAGCUCUGCGACAGUUCGCCUAUAAAAACAGUUUGGAAAGUGAGAUCUGGAUCCUGUUGUACUGCUUCUACAAGCAAGAAAAUUAUUUGCCGGGAAUGGAGUUCACGCGGUGGAAGUUUCUGAAUCUUAUUCAGAUAUCCUCCAAAGAACUAAAUUUCAUUCCGUGUUCUUUUUACGAACUAUACCUGCCGCUCUAUUUUGAAAUGAAUAGCUCUUGCUCCCCGAUGAUUUUACAUUUCUAUCCCGUUUUCAAACUAUUCACUCGUUUGGGAGCAUAUGCAUUUGCGGAAGCUGUAUUUUAUGAAAUGGAACAGUGUUUUACUGCAGCAGAGGGAUAUCUUAUCAAGACUACUUUAAAGAUUCUACAGCAACAGAUUGAUAGCAAUUUUAAGGUGGUUACUAUGCCAACGGACAAUAGUGUAUCGGGAAAGUUAAUGAAAUGUUACCAACUGCACAUUAACGGAAGUGUCGAGUAUUCCCGAGGACGCUGUGAUGAAGCCAUGAAAUACUUUCAGAAUUUAUUAACUCUCACUGAACCGAGUGAUUGGUUUCUAUUUAAACUGAGUUUUCUGCGCCUCGGAAAAUUGGCCUUUGCAAGGGGUCAAUAUGAGCUCUCCGAAAAGGCCUACGAUGCUUGUGAACCUUCCUCCCACAAACAAAGGCACUUUAUAAUAAACUAUGGAAAGGGACUGGCACUCUAUCAUCUUAAUCGUCUGGAAGAAGCUAUUCCCUUUCUUUCUCGUUGCACUGAAGCCAACAUUUUUGUUCCCGAUGUCUGGGGAUAUUUGGCCACCAUAAACAUUAGACUGAACCGGAAUAAAACUGCCCUCGAAUGCUGGAAAAUGGCCAAAAUGCAACCUGAAUUAAGCAUCAGCAAGAAAGUUUAUGCCGAACUGGAUAAGAUUCAAAUCUCAGAUGUUCAUCUGCUGGUAGAUGAUGAUGGAAACCCCGCGGAAAAGCUCUCGAAAAUGGACUUCAUUACUUUGUAACUAAGCCAAACUAAAUAUUUUAAGCAAGCACGAGAAAAUAUAAAGUUCGGCGACAGGUGAAGCGGUCCUAAGCAAACACAUCCGGAGUCACGCCUUUCAUCAAGUUUUA